CGUGUAAGCUUUCCAACCAUGAUCACAUAUUCUUCACUCUCCCAUCCCAUAGCUUUCCCAUUCAUCACACUAAGAAAAUCAGCGACGAAAGUUUCAUUUCUACUGCUUCUUCUCAAACAACCAUUUCCAAGCAACUGCAAAUUUGUUGCAGCCAUGCACUCAAAUUCUUCCGGAACAAUGGCUGUUUCAGUUCCAGGAGUAAGUCCCCAAGAAAUGGUCGCCAUAGCUCAGGAAACCUUCCGGAGAUGCACGUCAUCGUCGUCUUCUGGUUCUUCAUUGCCUGAGAGGAGAGGCAAAGGGGUGGCCAUUGUUUGGUUCAGGAGUGAUUUGAGGAUAUUGGACAAUGAGGCUUUGAUUAAGGCCUGGCUUUCAUCUCAAGCUCUCUUGCCCGUCUACUGUGUUGAUCCUAGGCUUUUCACCUCCUCCACCCAUUACUUUGGCUUCCCUAAAACUGGAGUUUUGAGGGCUCAAUUUCUCAUGGAGUCUUUGGCUGACUUGAAAAAUAACUUGAAAAGCCGUGGUCUGGACUUGUUGAUUAAACAGGGGAAACCAGAGGAUAUACUGCCUUUGCUUGCAAAAGCACACGGAGCCCACACGGUGUUUGCUCAGAAAGAAACAUGCAGUGAGGAGUUGAAUGUUGAGAGAUUGGUUGCUAAAAACUUGAGACGAGUUGACCAGCCAUUGUUGAAAGGGUUGUCCACUAAGCCAGAGUCCAAAACUGGUACCAAAUUGCAGUUGAUCUGGGGUGGUAGUUUGUACCAUAUUGAUGACAUUCCAUUUGAUUGUAAGUGUUUACCAGAUGUCUAUACGCAAUUCCGUAAGUCUGUUGAGUCCAAGUCUACAGUGCGUGCUUGUUCAAAGAUUCCAACAACACUUGGACCUCCACCAAACAUUAGUGACUGGGGCACUGUUCCUGAAAUUACUGAGCUCGGAUUUCAGAAGCCAAAGGUGGAGAAAGGAAUGAGAUUUGUGGGUGGUGAAAGUGCAGCUCUAAGUAGACUACACGAGUACUUUUGGAAAAAGGAUCUGCUGAGGAUUUACAAAGAAACUAGAAAUGGGAUGCUAGGUCCUGAUUACUCAACAAAAUUCUCUCCUUGGCUUGCUGCGGGAAACCUUUCUGCUCGUUUCAUUUAUGAGGAGGUAAAGAGAUAUGAAGCUGAGAGGCAAUCAAAUAAUUCAACAUACUGGGUUUUGUUUGAACUGAUAUGGAGAGAUUACUUCAGAUUUUUGUCUAUUAAGGAGGGAAACACUCUCUUUAAUCCAGGUGGGCCCAGAAAAGUGGAGGUUAACUGGAACCAAGACAGCAUUCUUUUUGAUGCUUGGAGAGAUGGUCAUACUGGGUACCCUCUUAUAGAUGCAAAUAUGAGAGAACUGUCAACUACAGGGUUCAUGUCAAAUCGAGGCCGGCAGAUUGUAUGCUCCUUUCUUGUUCGAGACAUGGGUAUUGAUUGGCGAAUGGGAGCUGAAUGGUUUGAAUCAUGCCUUUUGGACUAUGAUCCUUGUUCCAAUUAUGGUAACUGGACAUAUGGUGCAGGUGUUGGGAAUGACCCGAGAGAGGACCGCUAUUUCAGCAUUCCCAAGCAGGCUCAAAAUUAUGACCCUGAAGGGGAGUUCGUAGCUUACUGGUUACCAGAGUUGCGAGCACUGCCAAAAGAGAAAAGGAAUUUCCCAGGACAUUUGUACAUUAAACCGGUUGUAGGCCUCAAGCAUGGGGGCAGCAAUAAAACCAGUUCUAAGACAAGAACUGCUGGGCGUGCAAAAACAUGGAAGUGAUUUGCAAGACAAAGGAAUGAGUUAGAAUUUGCUCAUGAACUGGCUUGUUGACUUUUUUUCUGGAAAGGACUAUAGACUAUUAUAUAUAUAGGAUCAAAAGAUUUACACGUGAAGGGUAAGUAGCUUUUAAAGUAUGCCAUGGGGGGAGCAAUGUUCGCACAUAACAUCAUAUUUAAGCUUGAAGACAACUUUUCCCACACUAUGACUAACAAGAUUACUUUGCCUUCUAACAAAAGAAAACCUACUCACUUCAAAACCUUCUCUCAAUCGAUCAAUGUCCAGUAGCAACCCAUUGAGAUAACUGCUAGUCUCAGUGCCCAAGCUUCCAGGUAUGUUGCCUCAAGCCUAAAGUUGAGUUGAUUAGCCCAGAUUGUGAUUAUUUUUCCAUCGCCGUCCCUUGCCACAAUCCCACAACCUGCUUUGUUAAUUUGAGGUUGGAUUGCUGUGUCAACAAUUUAGCUUGAUGAAGGCUGGUGGUGGGGAAGUCCAGGUUGCUUCCGUGGUGUUCCCCACGGUUCUUGGACGUUCUUGGACAUUCUUGUACUCCAUCUUCAGAGCCUCCCUGUAUUCCCUCCAUUAUCUGAAUGUCUUGUCCACCAAGAAUAGAACCGGUGAGCUCUUUCUGUCAAAGUUCUCAUUUCUGGCUUUCCGAAGUUGCCACAAGAAGUUUGCAGUCGGUUCAAUCUGUUCCCUACCAUUAGGUCUUUCCAUUGCUGAUUGCUGCCUUUCCCACCAUCUCCAAAAAUUCCACCUAUCAUCCCAAAGUCAAUCCUAUUGGAUAGGGAAGAUUUUCCAAGCAAGCUGUACAUUGCUACAAAAAAACAGCACAUGAUCAAUAGUUUCUAUCUCAUAUCCACAGCAUCUACAAAUCGGAUCAACCUUCUUUGUUAGUUGGGAUAAUAUUGUUCAGGCAUUUCCAAAGAAAGUGUUUUAUUUUAUGUUUAAAUUCAAACUCUGUAGUUUUUUCCAUACCUUGGCUUCCCCUCUCCCGUGACUGGGCUCUUCCUCCCUUCAAGCACGUUGUUUUAUCAUUAUCAGCCGGUAUUUUUGCCAUGCGGUAUCCGGAAUUCGCUGAAUAUACUCCCAUCUUGUCUGCACUCCAGAAAUAGCUAUCUAGUCCUUCAAAGAGGCUGAGAGGUAUCUGCUCGACUAAGCUCACAUUCCUUUGUGGAGAAAAGGUUGGCAAGUAGGUCUGUGUUCCAGUUCCUCGCAGCUCUCAGUUCCAGCACAUAAACCAGGUCGCAAUUUGGAGGUUUCUGGGCUUGGACCUUUCCAUCAUUAGAGUUUGGGACCCAUCAGUAGAGUUUGGGAACAUCAUAUAUGGCCACUACCAACUGUUUUCCUCCCUCUUUUUGCCAGUAGAUCAAGCGAGCUAAGUAAGCUUUGCCAAAUCUUUGGAGGCUGUUGGCUUCUUCUUCACUUCAAAAGUUAAGCUCCUGGGGAAGUAUUCAGCUUUCAUUACCUUGUUUACCAGCAGGUUCAAGCAGGUAACGAACCUCCACAGUUGCUUAGCCACGAGAGCUGAGUUGAAGUGAUGGAUAUCCCUGAAUCCCAUUCCCCCCUCCCUUUAAGAUUGCACAUUUCCUCCACUUCAUCCGGUGCAUUUUGUCCUCUCCAUUAUUGUUUUCCCACAAAAAUUUGGCUACUUGGGAGUUUACUUCUUUGCACAGGUAACCUGAACACAGACAUUGAGUAGGCUGGCAUAGUUGAACCACUAACUUGAUCAGGACUUCCUUUUCUGCGGGGCUGAGUAGCUUUCCCAUUGCAGUUUUUUGUCCAAUCUUUCUUUGAUGUAUGUAAAUAUCGCCUUCUUUGAUCUGCCAAUCACUAGAGGUAAUCCAAGGUAUUUGCCAUCUGUGACAAUUCUAA